UCACGGGAAGGUCUUCUGGGCGGCCGGGCAGCUGGAGCGCAGCGGUCUGUGCGUGCCUCCUGUGCCUGAUUCUGAUCUGGGUCCGCCCUGUGGCGCCCCGCCCCUCCGCCCUCAGGGCCCAGGCGGGCGCUGCUGUGGAACCGCGCGCAGUCUUCGGGCCGGGCUGGGGCUGCCUGCCCGGAGCCACCCGAUGAGGGAUUGAAUUCGGGAACUUGUGCUUGCAAGACAGGCGAUGGCACAGUCUCCUCUCUAGGGAUGGUGGAGUUGGAAAAGGUGCCUUUAACUCUCCUCUGGGAUGAACCCCCUUCCGGAAAACAUGGAGAGUACUCUCACAGGGAGCCAGAGCUCCCAUGCCUCUCUGCGCGAUGUCCACUCCAUCAACCCCACACAGCUCAUGGCCAGGAUCGAGUCCUAUGAAGGAAGGGAGAAGAAGGGCAUAUCCGACGUCAGGAGGACUUUCUGUUUGUUUGUCACCUUUGACCUCUUAUUUGUAACAUUACUGUGGAUAAUAGAGUUAAAUGUGAAUGGAGGCAUUGAGAACACGUUGGAGAAGGAGGUGGUGCAGUAUGACUACUACUCUUCUUAUUUUGAUAUAUUUCUCUUGGCAGUUUUCCGGUUUAAAGUACUGAUCCUUGCGUAUGCUGUGUGCAGACUGCGCCACUGGUGGGCAGUAGCGUUGACAACAGCAGUGACCAGUGCCUUUCUACUAGCAAAAGUGAUCCUCUCAAAGCUUUUCUCACAAGGGGCAUUUGGCUAUGUGCUGCCCAUCAUUUCAUUCAUCCUUGCCUGGAUUGAGACAUGGUUCUUGGAUUUCAAAGUGUUACCUCAAGAAGCAGAAGAGGAGAACAGAUUCCUGCUUGUUCAGGAUGCGUCAGAGAGGGCCGCCCUCAUACCCGCCGGUCUUUCAGAUGGUCAGUUUUAUUCCCCCCCUGAAUCUGAAGCAGGAUCUGAAGAAGAAGCUGAGGAAAAACAGGACAGUGAGAAAGCACCUUUAGAUCUCUGACUUCUCUGCUUCGUAAAAUGGGAAGAGCCCUUACUGAAAGUCAUCUGAGAGAAAAGAUGGAGACGGGUCUCCUUCUUGAAAGUUGAAAUGGUGACUUUGUGGAACAGCUAAUGAAGGAUUUAUUUAUGGUGAUACCUCAUGGACAUUGUCCCAUAUGCACACAGCUCAGUCGCCUGCCUGUGGCCCUCUGGUCAUGUUAUAAUCUUCCUCUGUCCAGUGAGACCGAGUCAGACCUGUUAAAGAAUAAUUGUAGGAAAGUCUCGUGCUGUAUCAGAAUCAAAAGACUUGGUAAUAUAUUGAAAUAACACUUUUGUAGUCAGUGAAAUAGCUUUUUAUUUCAAUUCACAGAGUGGAGUUUUUUGGUUGUGUAUCUCAGAUUUCUUUUGUAUUUCUUUUUUAACACCCUCCAUUUCCUUUGUGUUUUUUAACUCAUGCACAUGUACUCUUUGUACAAUUA